AUGUCAGAAGAGCUACCUAUGGAAAGAACAUCCUCUUCUGAUCAGUCAAACAAGCCAGCAGAUCCUCUUGGGCUUUCUCCCUGCUCGCCGUCCAGCACCGCAGCAGGUCACGUCACAGACAGCAGCAGUCAUAGCGUGAAUGACUCAGGACCAUCCACACCCACGCAUGAGAAUCUCCCAGAAAACAUGUCAUACACGGCCGAGAUUCGGCCACUACGGCCAUAUGCUAUCGAGGAACCGGAUGACGAACCGGGUUAUGACCCGGAACCUGUUAUGCAGUGGAGGCAGUUACCAUGCCUCCCAGAUUGCUUUGAGCGGUGGCAGCGCGAGCUGAUCGAUCGCAUCGAUGAUAUGGACGACAAGUUUGUGACAAGUCCAAGCGCCAAGCCUUCACCAAGUCCAAAGAGAGGUCAAAAGCGAAAGCUUAUUGGUUCUGGCGAUUUCCCCAUGGGAUCUCACCGAUCCAAGUCCAAGGCUAAGCUAGAUGAUCCUGCAUUACCUAUCAAUGGCCUGAGUCCAAAGAGACGCCGAAGACGCAGCAAGAUACCGGAGGAUAAUGCCAAACAUCCUCACACUGUCUCUCUACAUGAUUUCCGUGACACCCGAGUUAACGAGAGUUCAAGUUCAGACUUUCUAUCGAGCAGUAGUAUCGACACUGCGAAUGAGUCUGCCUUGGUUGAUGAGAUGGACAUUGAUUGA